AUGUCUUUUUGUCAGUGCCACUCUUCUCUGACACGUCUUUUGAAUUGGAUCUUGUCUCAGUGCAUCUUUUUGAAUUGUUGCUCUUCUCCAACACGUCUUUUUAAAUCACUUUGCACACUCUUCCUCAUCAUGGCCCACACCAAGAAUACUGCCAAGAAGUGCACCAGUGGCUCAGCACCACACGUCCUCCUCAAGAUCUCCAGGGUACAACUCUCUAGAGGGGACUGCCAGAAACUGAAGGCUUUGAGUGCCACCAGGAGCACCUUACUUCUGGGAGGUGGGGACUUAGAGAAGAGGAAUGGUGUGCAUGAGGCUUUGACCGCCACCAGGGCCACCACCAGUGAGGACUUAGAAAUAAGUAGUGCCCACAAUGAGUAUUGUAUACUCUGCAGGGAUGGUGCAGCGCGCUAUGAAGACAAUACUCUCUUUAUCGCCACCUACUUUGGUUUCUAUAACAGUAGCGGCCUUCCCUUUCUCAACAAGUUCCUAUCUGUUACUGGUGUGCUUGAGGUGUCCGCCCAAGCUGAAAUAUCGGUGGCUCCGGUCAUUUUUAUUCACCUUAUCCUUGUCGACUUUGAAUUAGCUGGCAGCCCUUUCGAGUUUGCUCACAGAUUCCUCAAGCUGUACUACUCUGGUGAUGGCAUCAAAUAUAUUGAGGUAUACUGCAACAUUGGCACUGAUGGCAAGGUCGCCCUCUAUCAAACACAAAUCUGCCAGAUUAUUAAAGGUUUGAAGAACUCAUUCAUCUGGGAGCAUGUUGUCAUAGACCCUUUUACUGGGUACAGAGAUGAUUCAAAGGUCUAUGUAAGCACACUGGUCAAUGAUUUCUUGGAUAUAAUUCUCCAACCUUGA